AUGCUCUUUAAAUGGAGUUCAUUUGCAACCUACACCCGUCUAUAUAGAUGCCAAACACGAUACGGUUCUUCUUCGUUGCGACACAAACGCCUGCCCGAGGCCAGGGUCUUUGGUCUUCUUGAACAUUUCAAAAAAACCAGUCGAAGAUCCGACAUCUCAGAUCCUACGCAUCCCAGCAGCGUUACCAUUUUGGAGAUAAGCGAGCUUCUUCGAGACUUUUCAGCAGCAAAAGGUAAAUGCAUAACCACGGAGGAAAUACGAAAUGGGUAUCAAAUAAUCAAGCCGUUUUUGCCGGAAAACAUUUCUCGGCGGGAGCAGCACCUUCUAUCAAAUGUUGAGAUAUUGGGCACAACGCAUAAUGGAGACGGGCUAGCAGUGAUCCCCAAAUCCAUGUAUGCUUUUGGGUAUGCCGACUCAGAAUCUCUCAUGGGCUCGUACACCGUCUUGGUGAUACCAAAGACAACCACGGGGGACAGAGUGAAAAUUUUGUUAAAGAUGCAUCACGAGUUUUACGCUGAGGCAGAGUUGAUAUCUGUUUUGAAUUCAGAUUCAAGGCAGACAAAGAGAAACGAUGCGUUGAUAUUAUGCGAGCAUUUUCAUGAAUGCAACGGGUGCCAGCUACAGAUGUUGUCCUACGAGGAACAACUCAAGUUUAAACAAAAUGUAAUCAGGAAAGCAUACAGGUAUUUUUAUCCACAGUUGGAAAUGGAUCAGGAUUUUGGAAGUGUGGUUGGGUCGCCGCUCCAGUAUGCCUACCGAACCAAAUUGACGCCUCAUUUCAGCAUGAGCCAAGGCAAGUGUUUCCAAAUUGGGUUUCAGCAUGUGGCUAACAGAGGCAAAGUUGACGUUGAGCAGUGUCCCAUCGCCACGAGAGAGAUUAACGCGAAAUUGCGAGCAGCUCGGGAAAAGUAUUUGGGGAACGCGCCGAUGAAACAACUAACUUUACGCCAGAGUCUUUAUCUUGACCAUAAAACGGGCGAAUUCUAUCCCACAGCGUUGGAAGGACAGAAGAAAGUAAUCACCGAGAGGAUCGAGGAUUUCGUAUACCAGUUUGAAUCCAACUGCUUCUUUCAGAAUAACAACUCCAUACUUUCGUCAGUUUUGGAUUUCAUCAGAUACGAAGCGCGGCAGCUUUCAACCCCAAUCGUGAAUUUAGUCGAUACGUACUGUGGAGUUGGGUUUUUCGGUAUCGCCUUGUCACAGAUGCAACCCAAUCUCAACGUGUUUGGGAUCGAGGUGAGCGAAAUGAGUAUAAAAUACGCCCAACACAAUGCAAAGUUAAACGGGUUGGAUCCGCAAAAAGUUCAGUUUAUUUUGGGGGACGCUUCUGACAUUUUCAACCACGAGGCGCUUAGAGAAUCCAAAAUCAGUGGACGAGAUAGCGUUGUGAUUGUUGAUCCAUCUAGAAAAGGCUCCGAUGAAGCAUUCAUGAGCCAGCUCCUAGAGUUUAACCCUGCCAUGAUUGUUUACGUGAGCUGCAAUGUUUUCACCCAGGCGAGAGAUUUAGCAAUGUUUGAAAAAUUGCAAGGAGUGGACAAGAGAUACACCGUGGACAAGGUCUUUGGGUUUGACUUUUUCCCCCAAACUAAACACAUAGAGUCGGUUGCGAUUAUAAAACGUAUUUAG